AUCUGCGGGUCUUCGAAGUGGUCUGUAGUGUAGAUUAAUUCAAGUGAAUUAAACAAUUUACACCGUUUUUGGCUUUGAUUAGGUCAAUUGAAUAUGCUGCAUAAAGUGAAUAAAGCCAUCGUGCACGCAGUUUGCCGGCGAUAUUCGACUGCGAAACGGAACGAUGUGGUUAUAGUUGCCGCGACUAGAACUCCAAUCGGAAGCUUCCAAAGUUCGCUGUCUGCGCUGUCCGCAUCUCAGUUGGGAGCCGUUGCCGUGCAAGGUGUCGUCAAACAGGCCGGAAUAGCGGGUGAAGACGUCCAAGAGGUCUAUAUUGGCAAUGUGAACGCAGCUGGAUUGGGUCAGGCUCCAGCCCGACAGGCGGUCAUUUUUGCUGGUCUGCCGAAAAGCACUAUCUGUACCACGGUGAACAAGGUUUGCUCGUCAGGAAUGAAGAGCGUUAUGCUGGGAGCGCAGACUUUGAUGCUUGGUCAGCAGGAUGUAGUUCUGGCUGGUGGAAUGGAAUCGAUGUCCAAUGUACCGUACUACUUGAAACGAGGAGCAACACCAUACGGUGGAAUGCAGUUGAUAGAUGGAAUCGUUUUUGAUGGAUUAACCGACGUGUACAAUAAAUUCCACAUGGGUAAUUGUGCUGAGAACACCGCUAAGAAGAUGGGAAUCACCAGACAAGAUCAGGAUGAGUUUGCAUUGAGCAGCUAUAAGCGCAGUGCGGCAGCAUGGGCAAGCAAAGUAUUCGACGCAGAGAUUAGCCCCGUGACAAUUCCUGGAAAGCGUGGUAAACCAGACGUCGUUGUCAAAGAGGAUGAAGAAUACAAACGUGUCAAUUUCGAUAAAUUUGGCCAACUGGCCACCGUGUUCCAGCGAGAAAAUGGAACGGUCACCGCUGGAAAUGCUUCAACUUUGAACGAUGGCGCUUCGGCAGUUAUUAUGAUGACAGCUGAAGCUGCUGAAAAGUUCAAAUGCAAACCUCUUGCCCGUGUCGUUGGUUUCGCUGAUGCAGAAACGGAUCCAAUUGACUUCCCCAUCGCUCCUGCAUUGGCUAUUCCAAAAUUGCUUCAGCAAACUGGGGUCCGAAAGGAGGAUGUUGCCAUGUGGGAAAUUAACGAAGCCUUUUCGGUGGUGGUGAUCGCUAAUCAGCGCAAGCUUGAUAUCGAUCCGGCGAAGGUUAAUAUUCACGGUGGAGCUGUUUCGUUGGGUCAUCCGAUUGGAAUGUCCGGUGCUCGGCUUGUCACUCAUCUCGCACAUUCUCUAAAAGUUGGCGAAAUUGGAUGUGCCUCUAUCUGCAACGGUGGCGGAGGAGCUUCUUCGAUUUUGAUUGAAAAGCUACCAAACACAAACUCAAUCGACUCAGAGGCGUUGAAACCACUUUUAACUCUGUAUACACAUGACCACUGCUCACUCUGCGAUGACCUAGUACUUGAACUGGAGAUGAAAUUCAAAGGACGCUACUUAUUGGAAAAGGUAGACAUUACUCAAAAGGAGAAUCUGAAGUUCCUUCGGCUCUAUCGCAACGAUAUACCGGUACUUUUUCUUAAUGGCCAGUUUUUGUGCAUGCAUCGAUUGAAUAUCGACUUAUUAGAGCGAAGACUUAAAGCAUUAGAAUGUGAAUAAAUGUUUCCUAGUUUAAAAAUCGUCUGA